AUUGGUUACAUCACAUUGUUGCAUUGCAAAGAUAUAUUGAUCGGAAACAUGUCAUCGUCAGAUGAUGUUGCAGCAAGGCAGAAGGCCAUCGAUGAUUGGCUUCCCGUCACUGCCUCGAGGAAAGCCAAAUGGUGGUACUCUGCUUUUCACAAUAUCACGGCCAUGGUUGGCGCCGGCGUUCUCACCCUUCCUUACGCCAUGUCUAAGAUGGGAUGGGGUCCGGGUUCAGUUAUCCUGAUAAUGUCAUGGAUAAUCACAUUGUUCACUCUAUGGCAAAUGGUUGAAAUGCAUGAAAUGGUGCCAGGAACAAGAUUUGACAGGUAUCAUGAGCUUGGUCAACAUGCUUUUGGACCAAAAUUGGGUCUAUAUAUCAUUGUUCCACAACAACUACUCGUUGAGGUUGGUACAUGUAUUGCUUAUAUGGUUACUGGAGGCAAAUCAUUGAAGAAGGUUCAAGAAUCUAUAUGCCCAACAUGUACAAAAAUUAGAACUUCCUAUUGGAUUGUUAUCUUUGCAUCUGUAAACUUUGUUCUCUGUCAGUGCCCCAGCUUCAACUCUAUUUCUGCUGUCUCUCUUGCUGCUGCUGUCAUGUCUAUUGCAUAUUCAACAAUUGCUUGGGUUGCUUCCCUUCAAAAAGGACGUCAACCAGGUGUAGACUAUAGCUACAAGGCUCAUAGCCUUCCAGAUGGUAUGUUCAACUUCAUGCUAGCAAUGGGAGAAGUAGCAUUUUCUUAUGCAGGUCACAAUGUAGUUCUCGAAAUCCAAGCAACAAUACCUUCUACUCCUGACCAGCCUUCCAAGAUAGCAAUGUGGAAAGGAGUCGUUGUUGCAUAUUUAGGAGUGGCCAUUUGCUACCUUCCAGUUGCAUUUGUUGGAUACUAUAUAUUCGGAAACACCGUUGAUGAUAAUAUUUUAAUCACACUACAACGCCCUACUUGGCUCAUUGUUACUGCUAACAUCUUUGUUAUUGUUCAUGUUAUUGGUGGCUAUCAGGUAUUCUCAAUGCCUGUUUUUGAUAUGCUUGAAACUUUUUUGGUGAAGAAGUUAAAUUUUCCCCCUUGUUUUACACUUCGCUUUGUUGCUCGCACCACAUUUGUUGCCUUUACCAUGGUGGUCGGAAUAUGCAUACCAUUCUUUGGUUCUCUUCUAGGAUUUCUAGGAGGUUUUGCCUUUGCACCAACAUCAUAUUUUAUUCCAUGUAUCAUAUGGCUUAAACUUUACAAACCUAAGAGAUUUGGCUUGUCUUGGAUAAUAAAUUGGGUCUGCAUUGUGCUUGGCGUCUUGUUGAUGGUACUAGCCCCAAUAGGUUCUUUGAGACAAAUUAUUCUUCAAUUCAAGGAUUACAAGUUCUUCUCAUAAACUAUCAAUUCAAGUUAUUAGUCGAUAGUUAGUCAUAGUUUCUAGUUUUGUUUGACUCAGCAAAUGUGGAAGAAACUCUGUCAUUAUACAGCA